AUGUAAUAACAUUUUAAUUACGCACGAUUAUUAAGAUAUCCAUUUUCCAACUAUAAGAAUUAUGGCUAGUUAACCUAAGUGAAGCUUGAUAAAAGCUUAUUAGAAAAUAUAGAGAAUAAGCAAUAUCAUUUCAUUUAGUACUUUAGAUAAAAUGGACAUUUGGUUGCCUAAUUGGAUCCAUUACAAUUGAUAGAGAGCCAAUAGAAAGAGAUGCCAGGAGUAUUGGAUUUCGGAAUCAAAUACAACGAUGAUAUCAAGGUGAGCAAUAUAUUGAAGAAGGAUGUGAAGAGUGUGGAAGAAUUGGAAGAAUAUAUAAACAAAUUGUACGCAUAGAGUGUAGGAGUGGAAUUUGAAUAAAUAGAGGAUCCAGAGGAGAAGUAAUGGCUGCAUGAAAACUAUGAAAAGUUUAUGAAUGAGGAAAUUACAUAAGCCGACAGAGUUAGUAUUCACAACUUGUUGGUGCAAAUGGAAGCUAUAGAUCAUUACUAUCAUAAGAAGUUCACCACUUUUAAAAGGUAUGCUGGAGAAGGAGGAGAAGGUGUGAUUGUGGCUUUGAGAGCAAUUUACGGCUAAGCUGUGGAAUUGGGAGUCACCGACGUCGUAUAAUCAAUGGCACAUAGAGGAAGAUUCCCAUUGAUGAGUAGUUUGUUAGAUUUCCCCCCCAGCGAUAUUUUUAGAAAAAUUAUGGGGGAAAACGAUUUACCCUAAGAAUACACUUUUGGUGUCGAUGAUGUAGUUCAUCACUUGUCAACAUCAAAUAAAAAGAAGUUUAAUAACAAAGACUUAACAAUAACCGUUGUCCAUAAUCCAUCUCAUUUGGAGGCUGCUAAUCCCGUUAGUUAGGGUAAGGCAAAAGCUAAGUAAGAUGAUUACGGUAAUAUUGAUUAAGUUUUAAAUUUAUAAUUACAUGGGGAUGCAGCUUUUGCAGGUUAAGGAAUUGUUUAUGAAAGCAUGUUGCUUUCUGGAUUAGACAACUAUUCCAAUGGGGGUACUGUUCACAUCAUCCAAAACAAUUAGAUUGGUUAUACAACCAAUAUAAAGGAUUCUCGAUUUUCAAGAUAUAGUUCAGAUCUCCUAUUGGCCUACAGAUACCCAAUUCUUCAUGUCAAUGGAGAGGAUGUGGAAACCCUCCACAAGGUCUCUAAAUUUGCAGUUGAAUACAGACAGAAAUUUAAAAAGGACAUUCUGAUUGACAUUGUAACCUACAGAAAAUACGGUCAUAAUGAAGUCGAUGAGCCUUCCUUUACUUAGCCAAACAUGUAUGAAAAAGUCAGAAAAGCCAAGUCUUUACCUGUGAAAUACAAUUAACAACAUUUCAGAUAGGAGGACUAUGAAAAAAUCAGAUAGAAAGUGUUUGCUUAUUUGGAUUCAGAAUAUGAAAAGGCUAAAACUCUGAAGUAGACAUUGGCCAAAGUGACAGAUGAAAAAUCAAAGGGAUCGAAAGCAUUUACAUAGAAAUGGAAUAAGAUGAAAUUCAGUCAGUUUUGUGGAUAGGAUGCAAAGACUGGAUUAAAUAAGGAGUAUUUAGUUAAUUUAGCUAAGUAAUCAGUUGUUAUUAAACCAAACUUUAAUUUACAUCCUAGAUUAUAGAAAUAUUUCAUAGAUGAUCGUUUAGAUUAGAUUCAAAAGAAUUCUAUAGAUUGGGCAACCUGUGAAACUAUUGCUGUUGGAUCCUUAUUGGAAGAAGGAUUCAAUGUAAGAUUGAGUGGAGAAGAUGUUGAAAGAGGAACCUUUAGUUAAAGACAUUGGGCAUUUGUCGAUUAGAAAACAGAAGAAAAAUGGAUUCCUAUGUAGAACUUUGCAGAAGCCAAAAUGCAAGGAAGACUCCAAGUUGCCAAUAGUCCUUUGGCUGAGGCUUCAGUGAUGGGCUAUGAAUUCGGUUACUCUUUAGAAAACCCUAACAAUUUGGUUAUGUGGGAGGCUCAAUUCGGAGAUUUUUACAAUACUGGAUAGCAUAUGUCUGAUACCUUUAUAACAUGUGCAGAAGAAAAAUGGAUGAGACAAAGUAGUUUGGUGUUGCUUUUGCCCCAUGGAUAUGAUGGUGCAGGUCCAGAGCAUUCAAGUUCCAGAAUGGAAAGAUGGUUAUAAUAAGGAGUCCAAAAUUAAAACUUCUAAUUUGCAAUUCCAUCCAGUCCUAGUUCCAUAUUCCACAUUUUGAGAAGAUAAAUGCAUAGACAAUUUAGAAAGCCUUUAGUGAUUGCCAAUGCCAAAUCAUUAUUGAGAUCAAACAAGGCGAAGUGCACAUUUGAAGACUUAGGUGAAGAUAAAUCCUUCUAAAGAAUAAUUACCCAUAAAUAAGGGGAUCGUCCUAAUAAAGUGAUAUUUACAUAUGGAAAAUUUGUUUAUGACUUGUUAGAAUAAUUGGAGAAGAAGAAUGCCAGCAAUUAUGUGACUUUUACAUUUGAAUAAUUGUUGCCAUUCCCUAAACAGGAAUUAGAAUUAGGAUUAAAAUAAUUAGAUAAGGAUGUUAAAUUCUAUUUUGUUCAAGAGGAACCUCAGAAUCAAGGUGGUCUUAAUUAUUGUCAAUUACAAAUCGAUCAAGUUUUGACCUCUUUACAAUUUACCAAUAAAUCUUUGAAUUAUAUAGGCAGACCUGAAUGUCCGAGUGUCGCAGUUGGAGCAACUGUUCUACAUAAAUAAGAAUUACAAAACAUUGUUAAAUAAAUUGAUAGUAUAUUAUGA